AUUUAUCAGAAAAGCUCGUGAGUUAUUCUUUGUAUUUAUUUUCUGUUUGUCUCUCUCUCUCUUCAGAAUUUUGCUUUUUAUUUUUCUUGUCUCCUGUUUGGCAGUGGGAAUAGCAGAGAGCAGGGUGUGUGGAUAUUUGUAUUUUGUAUGGUAAGAGAAAAAAGAACAGCAGCUAGGAGCAGGUAUUAUCAGACUCCUUAAGGAAUUUACAGAGCCUCUCAGCUCGUCUUUUCCUUUUCUCGUGAUCUUCUCUCUCUCUAUCUAAAAUCUUCUCUCUCUCUCCCUCUUUAUCUGUGCUUUAAAAUUCUUCUCCUUCUUAUUAUUCUUUUUGUUCAUACAAACUUGUUCUCCUCCUUCUCCUUCUGCUACCUAGCUUAGCUCUGGUUAUACCUUUUAGACUGUCUCCUUAAAAUCCCAACUUGGAUUUUUCAUACCAAAAGAUUUUUUUUUAUACGUAGAGGACUGGAUCGUUGAGCCAGUUAGUGGGUGGGGUGUGUUUGUUUGCUUGGAAAAAAGAAGAGGAUUCUCGAGAACCCAUUUGGAUCGUUUUUGGAGAAGAAAACGAUCGAUAGGAAUCAUUGAAGAAAAUAUGAGUAGUUGUGGAAGAAGUGGAGCUGUAAGACAGUAUAUAAGAUCGAAGGUGCCUCGUCUGAGAUGGACUCCUGAGCUUCAUCACUGUUUCGUUCAUGCUAUCGAAAGACUUGGUGGCCAUAAAAAGGCCACGCCGAAACUUGUUCUUCAGUUGAUGGAUGUUAAAGGACUCACCAUUUCACAUGUCAAAAGCCAUCUCCAGAUGUAUAGAAGCAUGAGAGGCGAUCUGGGAAGACAAGACAGGACUAGUUCCAACCAUUUACAAAGAUCAAGACAACACUUCAACGAGGAAUAUGAACACAACCAUAGAAUAAUAAUAGACCAAUAUGAUGAUGUUGACGACGAAGAUGAUCAAGUAAACAGUGUUGGUUUUAACUCAUCUUCAAAACGCACAAGAGAAUCCGAUUCUCAUCACCUCAUUUACACUUCUCUCCCUUCGAAAAGAGCAAGAAUCGAGACAAGAAGUUCGAGCCUGCAAUGCAGCGAAAGAAUAUUAUCAUCGAGUAAUGAGACAGUGAGGAGCCCGUACUAUUUUGAUGAUUAUAAUUUGGUGGCUUUGGGUUUGGGUGAUCAGCCUCAGCCUCAGCAUCAACAGCAGCAGCAGCAGCUGCUUAAGGGAAUAAAGGAGCCUCAUUCCUCACCUUUCUCUCUGCCACAACGUCUUUACAACCUCAACCCUUUCAAAUAUGCAGUCCAAGAAUCUGAUUUCUUCAAGAUUAACAAGCUUGGGGAACGAAGUUAUGAACCAAAACGACCAUGCAAACAAGAGAAAACGACGAUGACAACGGCAGAUCAUGAUCAUGAUGUGCUGGCCGGUGGCUGCGGAUUGUCAUUGUCGCUGCCGUUGCACCACCAUCAUCGCUCGUCGAACAAAAGCAAUGCUUCUUCCACGAGCGAGAUCAGUGAGACCACCACUUCGUCCUACACCACUACCAUGUCUGCCUACAAAGUCUGCUCAAGCUCUUCGGCCAAACAUUGUCGUCUUAAUUUGGAUCUUUCUAUUGCUCUUUGUGGCAAUUAAUUAAUUAAUUAAUAGUAAUUAAAAGUGGUUGAUGAUCAUGAUGUCAUAUUUGUAAAAUCUCCAUGUUUUAUGCCCUAUAUAUGUCUGUGAGUCUGUCAUCUAUAAUCACUACACCAAUAUUUGUUUUUCUUUUUCUU